GUACCAUCAAGUGCUACACAAGGGUUGAACCCCCAUUUUCGAUAUUUCGGCCAAGGAAACCACAACAUUUUUGAAAAACUUAACUUAAGGACAAAAUGGCAACAAAAAGCACAACUUUCAGCAAACUGUUCACAAAAACUUUACAAGUUCAAAAUCGGGUCGUUUCAACCUCCGCCACGAACCAUCAGGCGAUCGCCCUAACUGACGUAGCACCCCUCACAUGUCCAUUAGAAACAAUGCUGGGAAGUAUGGACCAAUUACGAACUCCAUUCACAUUUCCUGAGAAACCAAAGACACAUAUUUCGACGCCGUCAGUCAAAUCCUUCGACAGCAUUCCCGGGCCAAAGGGACUCCCCAUCAUAGGAACACUCUUUGAUUACAUGAAGAAAGACGGACUCCGCUUCAACAAACUGUUCGAAGCAUUCAGACAAAGGUCUCUCCAAUAUGGACCGGUCUACAAGGAACAAAUAGCCAAUAUGACCACGGUUGUCAUCAGCGAUCCAUCAGAGUACAACAAAAUCAUACGAGCUGAGGGAAGAUACCCCAAAAGACGGGAACUGGACCCCUGGUUCAUGUACCGUGAAAAGAAGAAGAUGGGCCAAGGCCUUGUUAACUCACAAGGUCCUGAGUGGCACAAAUAUCGUAGUGCAGCAUCCAAGAAAAUGCUGAAAAUGAAAGAAGUUAUGGACUACUGCACAAACAUGGACAAAGUAGCAGACGACUUCCUCGUACACAUCUCCAAUAUGAGGAACCAGCAAGGCGAAGUUGUUGGCAUUGAAAGAGAAUGCUUUAAAUGGGCCAUGGAAUCAAUGGGCACCUUUCUCUUCGAAUCACGAUUAGGCUGCUUUGGACCCAAUCCACCAAUCGAAGCUCAGGACUUCAUUCAGAAUCUUCAGGGCCUGUUUCACCUUAUGCAAGAACUAAUGUAUAGUCUUCCCAUUUACAAAAUAGUCCCUACCAAAAUGUGGAAGCAGUUUGAAACCUACUGCGACAAUGUUUUUCAAAUUGGGAGAUCAUACGUCAACAAGAAAGCUGCUCAGAUUCAAGAAAACCCCACCAAAGAAGGGGAAAAGAUGUCAUUCAUUGAAUACAUGAUGAACCAGGAAUCCCUAACUCAAAGCGAGGCUCUAUCCACAUGUGCUGACUUACUUGUCGGCGCCACAGAAACGACAUCCAAUGGAAGUCUAUGGGCAUUGUAUUGUCUAGCCAAAAACCCAAAGAUCCAGGAGAAAUUAUAUCAAGAAACAAAACGAGUUUUAUCCAAGAACGAACCAAUCACACCCGAGAAACUUUCUGAACUGCAGUAUGUUAAAGCAGUCAUCAAGGAAACAUUCAGGUUAUAUCCCCUCACCUUUACAACCAGUAGAUAUGUGGAGGAGGACUUAGAGGUCGGAGGUUACACUCUUCCUGCCGGGACCCAUGUUCAAGCUAACCUGUAUGGCAUGUUCCGGGACAACCAAUUCUUCCCAGAGCCAGAGGUAUUUAAACCCGAGAGAUGGCUGAAGGAAUAUCAAAUGGACAAAGAACUGAAAGCUCUCUCCAACCUCGUCUGGGGGCAUGGCGCCCGAAUGUGCAUAGGAAGGCGAUUUGCGGAACAAGAAAUGUACAUUCUUUUGACAAAGAUUGUACAGAAUUACCAGGUUGAAUACAACCACGGCACAGUGGAACCCGUGUUAAACACAGUGAUGAACCCCGACCGUCCUCUUCUGUUUUCGUUCAUUCCCAGAGACUGAGGAAUGUGUGCAAAUCUACUGACAACUGUGAUAACCAUAGAAUGCAUUAAAAAUACUUUUCUAGACAUCAAAAUUAAAACUGCCUUUGAACAAAGAAUAAAAC